CGGCUCUCAGUCUUCCAGUCUGGCUCGUCCUGUCCAGCAGUCGAGUCUCGCCGGGGAGACGUUUGCCCGCCUGCACCCGCACCCGCACCGCCGUCUAUGGUAGCAAAGUCGAAGAGGAACGCGGCGCACGACAAGCGACACGAGAAUGGCCUUGCGGCCCCCGGCAAACGCAUCUCCAAGCAGAAGAGCAACACAACCCUCAAUGGCCACGUCAAUGGGAAGCCCACGCAGCCCCAGCCAGCCGCACCCGGCCAUGUAGAGAGCGACCUGGCCAUGCCCCCCAGCGCCCACGACGCCCUGCCCGCCGCGUCGUCGUCGUCUUCGUCGUCGACCACCACCACCGCCGCCGCCGCCGCCACUGCCACUGCCGCCGCCGCGACGACUUCGAUAGGCGCCCCUUCCUCCGCCUCUCUGGCCGCCGGUCCGUCUGCCAGGCCGGAGGAGCGCACGCGCGCCGCCUCGGACGCAUCCACCGACAACCCCAUUGACGCCUGCCGCUCGUACGACAAUGCCACGGCGCCCUUUGAUCCCAUGCCUUCCGCUCUCCGCCGCGCCGACACAAGUGGCUCAAAGCAGGCCUCGCUGUCCAUGGCCACCAUGCUCUCGGUCCCCGCCACCAUUCUCACGUCCUGUCCCCUGCGGGACGUGCUCGCAAUCCUCAUCAUCCUCCUCCAACUCCCCCCCACCGUCCUCACCGUCGUGCAGUUUCUGUUCGCUACCCUCACCUUUGUUCCGCCCCAAGCCGGCACCCCCCUCUCCGCCCUCUCUGCCUUUCCCUCCUUCACCGACAUCUUCCAGGGCUCCGGGGGCACCCCCUCGCUCUUCACCACAAUCAUUGCAGACACGGUCAUUCUGAUGAUAUGGCUGCUCCUGUGGGUGCCUGCUCAGAACUUCUUCUUGGAUCUGGCACAGGCUGUCAUUGCCAUCGCCCUGGGAGGUGCCGCUGCGGGAAAGAAGGGCACCACCAACAGCAUUGUCAUAUGCUUCUUCAUCAUUCUUAGCAGCCACGUCUUCAGAUUUAGGCCUCUCCGGCAACACAUUGUCCAGUUCCUCUGGACGGGGCUCGCCCGGGGAGGCCUGGAAUUUUUGACGAGCCCCCCGAGUUCGCCGACCUAUUUGGAAAGCUUCUCAACCCCCCAUGGAUGGCCACGUAGCCUCCUGGGUAUUCAUAUUUUGGCCCAAGGUGUCGUUCGUAUCAUCCGACGCUCGCUGUCUCGGCGAGAACAUGCGACUCUACCCACUGGCAAGAAAAUCGACCCCGAGUCUGGCGUGCUUCAGCGCUCCAAUUCCACGCACCACGAACCCACGGCCGAUGUGCCCAACGCCUCGAGUACCGACUGCCGCCCACCGGGGCCGGCGCCCGCUGCACAUGCGCACAAGGACAAAGCGAGUAGUGGUAGGAGGAAGAGGAAGCAGGCUACCCAUGUCCGCAGUCAGCAGCCUUUCUGGGCUGCGCUUGCCAGUACAAAAGUUACAGUUUUAAAAGAGAUGGAAAGUAGCCGGGCGGCAAACGACGCUGACGAGGCUAAUGCAAAAGACGCAAAUCACAUUGGAAACGCUGUUUUGAGACCGGAAGACGAUCGUGUUUGGAUUUCUGAAGUCGGCUUUUCCGACAUUUCAUUUCGUGUUAGUUUAACUGGAGGAGCUAGUGUUCAAGAGCAGGACGAGGACGAUGCAAGUGUUGGUUCUGGAAUCGACAAGUCAAAACCAUUCUACAUCCGUGUAAACGGCGCCGACUGGAGCUCUACCCGCAUCAGACAGAGCGAGCCCAUUGGUUUCGAGGGUCAGGAGGGAACAGGCUACUGGGCAGGAGAAAUUUUUGGUCUGACGGCACUCUCCAACUACUACUGCGAGUUUGUCCGGACCAGCGACAAUGAAGUCUUCUACUCAGCAAGCCUUAUUACCUCGGCCAGCCCUGUUACUGAACUUGCUUCGGCUUCUGUUGCUUCGCCGCCAGCGCACCAGACUCUGCGGCCUUCUUCGCCCACGACAACGCUGAAAAAUUCGAUUGCUGCAGCCGAUCAGCAACUGCAAGAGCAACGCAAUCGCCUGAAGCGGAACAAGAAGGACCACAAGACGGCCAUUAGCAAUAUUAAAAAGGAGGUGGACACGCUUGGAAACCGCUUAGCCAAUGCUGGUGGCAGUGAUGAGCGCCAGCGCCAGCGCGUACUCCAAUUCACACAAAAUAUCCGCCAGGCCGACGAUGCUGCUGCAGAUUUCGCCCUUCAAGCAGAGAACUUGGGAAAUAUCCCCGAAGACGAAGCGAAAGAGGCUGCAGCCAAGAAGGCCGAGUGGGAAAAGGAGCGCGACAACAAGAAUGCGGUUGCUAGCGAGUUUGAAAAGACCAAGGAGGAGAUUGAGCGCCAGGUGCAGAGCGUCGAGUCUGAUAUCAAUACGGCCUACCAGAAGAGGGAGCGUCUUCAGCAGCGUCAAACCAGACUCAACGAGCAGCACGACCGUCUCGUGACCGCCAACGCCGAAGGCUUUACCGCCAAACAGCGUAGAGAGCAGGAACGCGCAGCCUUGAGAGCACAGCGUGCCGAUGUCGAGCACCAGUAUCGAAGCAACAUCAACAACUACGAGAGGCGAACUGAGGAACAAAACAUGGCUACCGGACAAAUGUUGCAGACUCUGCAGCAUUACGAAGAGCUUCUUCUUCAGCAAGUGCAUCAGCACAUGUCUGUUCCUACUACACCUGAAGGCAACCUCCCGGGCACAACCAUGUCUCCUCAUACCAACGGUUUUGCUAGCUUCACGUUUCCUUCGCUCAACUCGCACAUCAACAGCACUCCUGGUUCUAUGCGCGGUGGCCGCGGUCGCUCUUCUUCCAUGCUUUCCAACGUAUCUGGUUUCACCGAUGCUUUCGACGAGCCCUCGUCCACAGUCCCUUAUGUGCUUGCAAACCCCUUCAACACUCCUGGGCCGAUGAAUGGACGCAACCGCAGCCAUGGAAGUGGCAGCUUGAGCUCGGGCACAUCCAGUCAAAGCUCGAGCCAGAGGGACCCGCUGAGUCCUGUUCAAAGUGUUAAGCCGAUGAUGGUUAGAAGCUCAACUAGUGGUAGCACUGGUUUGAUGAGUCCAAUUGGCACUGGCAGAUAA